GGAGGAGCAGGGAGUAGGAAGAGGAGGAGCUGCAGAUGGAGGAAGAGGAGGCGUCCCGUCCCCGUCGGUCUGUGUCCAGAGGAGAGGAGCGGCCGCCAUGUUAACCAAGAAGCCCGGAACCUCGGUCCUCCCAACGGGCAAAGCGGGCGAGCCGGUCUACUCCCCGGGUCACGGUGGCUCUCAGACAACGUCGCCUGUCGCGCUGCCGCGACUUCGCAACAACAACAACCACAACAUGCUGACGGGAGGCCCUAAAGCCACCAUGUCGGAGGCGCUCCAGCCUCAGGCCACCCAGCUGCACGAGGAGAACACCAACAAGCGUCCGGUUCUGACCUCCCAGCCCAACGGCCUGGCUCCUCUCGGCUCCUCCAGGACGGGCCUCCCUCUGCCGGCCCGGCAGAGGGAGGCCCCGGAGCCGCCCCCCCACUGCCGGCAGGGCAGCGCCUCCUCCAACAAGUCGUCGGAGGGCAAGCCGAAGCCGCCCUUCCUGCCCCCGGAGAUGGCCAUGAAGCAGUUCAUGUCCAAGAUGUCGUCUCUGGAGCACCAAGAGGUGUUCACCUACCCCGAAGUGUAUUUCAUCGGUCCGAAUGCUAAGAAGAGGUCGGGGGUCAUGGGCGGAGCCAACAACGGCGGCUACGACGACGACCAGGGAUCCUACAUCCACGUUCCUCACGACCACAUCGCCUACCGCUACGAGGUGCUGAAGGUCAUCGGCAAGGGCAGCUUCGGACAGGUGGUGAAGGCCUUUGACCACCGCUCUCAGACCCACGUGGCCCUGAAGAUGGUCCGCAACGAGAAGCGCUUCCACCGGCAGGCGGCGGAGGAGAUCCGCAUCCUGGAGCACCUGAGGAAGCAGGACAAGGACUUCAGCAUGAACGUCAUCCACAUGCUGGAGAACUUCACCUUCCGCAACCACAUCUGCAUGACCUUCGAGCUGCUCAGCAUGAACCUGUACGAGCUCAUCAAGAAGAACAAGUUCCAGGGCUUCAGCCUCCCGCUGGUCAGGAAGUUCUCCCACUCCAUCCUGCAGUGUCUGGACGCGCUGCACAAGAACCGCAUCAUCCACUGCGACCUGAAGCCGGAGAACAUCCUGCUGAAGCAGCAGGGGCGCAGCGGCAUCAAGGUCAUAGACUUUGGUUCCAGCUGUUAUGAGCAUCAGAGAGUUUACACCUACAUCCAGUCCCGGUUCUACAGAGCGCCAGAGGUCAUUCUAGGCUCCAGGUACGGGAUGCCCAUCGACAUGUGGUCUCUGGGCUGCAUUCUGGCCGAGCUGCUGACCGGUUACCCGCUGUUGCCGGGCGAAGACGAGGCCGACCAGCUGGCGUGCAUCAUCGAGCUCGUGGGCAUGCCCGGCCAGAAGCUCCUCGACGCCUCCAAGCGGGCCAAGAACUUUGUGUCGUCCAAGGGCUACCCGCGGUACUGCACCGUCACCACGCUGCCCGACGGCACCACCGUGCUGAACGCCGGCCGCUCGCGGCGGGGGAAGGUACGCGGCGCGCCGGGCAGCAAGGACUGGAGCGCGGCACUGAAGGGCGGCGACGACCCGUUGUUCCUGGACUUCCUCAAGCAGUGUCUGGAGUGGGACCCGGCGCUCAGGUUGACGCCCAGCCAAGCGCUGCGCCACCCGUGGUUGAGGAGGCGACUCCCCAAGCCGCCGACGGGCACCGCCGCGGGGGAAAAGACCUCCUCCUCCUCCUCCGCCGCCACCUCCAAACGCGGAACCGCCGUCACCGCCGACGGCGCCUUCACCUCCAUAUCCAAGCUCGCCGCCGCCUCCUCGACCACCACGUCGUCGUCCUCCUCCUCCAAAACCAGGACUAACUUGGCGGCGAUCACCGACGCCAACGGGAACAUCCAGCCGAGGACGGUGCUGCCGAAGCUGGUCAGCUGAGAGCGGACGCACCCCCGCGCUCGCCGUGGUGGGAGUUGUGAAGCUGCUGCGCUCGUGAGCGAAGCCGGCUGGAAACUGCGUGAAAACCUGGUUUCGUCCAGUUUCGGAGGAGCGCUUGUUUUAAUGUUUCACGGCUGGUCUUCCUCGGCGUUUAUUUGACGCGAGGGUGCGUUUCGGGGGAACAAAACUCGGCGUUCAAAUGUGCCGAUCGGUGCCGAGCUGAAAGGAAACUUCGUGGGCAAAAUGGGAAAAUGCGUUCAGCCUCCUCGAGUUCUCAGAAAAGAAAAUAAAGACACGUCGUGAGCAGCGAGACAGGAAGUGACCUCACAGGUUUAAAGUGACAAUCAGCACACAUCACUCUGUAGCUCCAAACACGUCAAAUACACGGUGCUGACGGAGGGAACAAAGCUUUUUUUUUUACGUUUUUAACCACAGAAUCUUUUUAGCUGAUAAAUCGACACCAAAAAAACUUUCUUACGAUCUUAGUUUGACAAGGUUUUAUCUGCAGACACAAUAUGUUUGUUGUCUACUGACAAACAAGUCGGAUAUAUCUUCGUAAUACUGCAA